AUGCUAGUAGGUGUUCUUCGACAGCUCAGAGAUAUGGCUGUUAGUGCAAUCAAUUGGUAUGCCUCUACUGGCAUCUGUCAUGUCAUAGAAAGGUCAGCUCAUACCACGCUUCGGUUAAUUGGAGAUGGAACUGAGCGGAACGAUUCAGAAAGCAGAUUAUCCAGAAGAGGGCAGCCUCAAACAGAGGAGGAUGCGUUCAUGGAAUUGCACUCCAAAGUGAAAAAUUCAUUGGUUAGAAUUCUGAAAAUGAGAGCAAAUCUGACAAGCCUACAGGCUUUAGAGGGCAGUAGAGAGCUUGAAAAUAUUAUUGGUGUCUCAGACUUGUCUUGCGUCUUGCAUACUGAAGUGCAGAAAACCCAAGUAUUAAUGAAUCAAGCAGAACAACUGCAGCUGUUGAAAAAAACCCAUGGAAAUCUUCCUGCCCGAGUAUGGAGUACAUACCUGCCUUUACCACAGGACAGAGAACCUUGGGCCAAGAGAUUUCUCAUGGCCAAAGGUGGCACGAAGGGGCUGCGGGCUGGCAGCACUUUGCAGGAUUUCCUCUGGAAGAGCAGUGACCGUGACUGGCACGACUUAGGGCCUUAA